GAAAUGGUGAGGCGGCUCUGGAGGCCGUUGUUCAGUGCGGGAGUUGACUGAGGAUCCUCGGAGGCUGUGGCUGGCGAGUCAACUCGACGUCCUUCUUCUGGUGCGAGUUUUCCAGAAGAGCUAAAGAUGGCUGAAUUUAUAGAUGACCUGGACACUCGACUGUGUGACAACUGCAAAAAAGAAAUUCCUGUGUGUAACUUUACCAUUCAUGAGAUCCACUGUCAAAGGAACAUUGGUAUGUGCCCAGUCUGCAAAGAACCAUUUCCCAAAUCUGACAUGGAGACUCACAUGGCUACAGAACACUGUCAGGUAACCUGCAAAUGUAACAAGAAGUUGGAGAAGAGACAGUUAAAGAAUCAUGAGGAGAUGGAGUGUCCUCUACGGCUUGCCCUUUGCCAGCACUGUGAUUUGGAACUUUCUGUUCUCAAAUUGAAGGACCAUGAAGAUUACUGUGGUGCUCGGACAGAGUUAUGUGGCAUUUGUGGACGUAAUGUCCUGGUGAAAAAUCUGAAGACUCACCCUGAAGUUUGUGGGAGAGAUGGGGAGAAAGAGAGAGAUGAGAUUGCCCUGCCUCCUAGUGCAUAUGAUGAGUCUUGGGGUCAAGAUGGAAUCUGGAUUGCAUCCCAACUCCUCAGACAGAUUGAGUCUCUGGAUCCACCCACGAGGCUCCCCCGAAGGCCCCUGAGAGCCUUAGAAUCAGACCUUUUCCAUAACAGGACUACUCACCAAAGGAACAUGACAACCCAGUUUCCAAUUCAAAAUAAUCUAUUGGAAGAACAAGAAAGGCAGGAAAGGAAUAAAAACCGACAGUCCCCCAAAGAGGGUGGUGAAGACAGUGCAAACUUGGACUUCAUGUUGGCCCUAAGUCUGCAAAAUGAAGGCCAGGCCCCCAGAUUGGCAGAGCAGGACAUCUGGAAGGCUGUGUAUGAGGCAGACCAGUCCUUUGGAGGUCCCAGCGGUCUGAAUGACAUAAAAGGUGCAGCUGAUGAGACCAUGUUGCCUUGUGAAUUUUGUGAGGAGCUCUACCCAGAGGAACUGCUGAUCGACCAUCAGACAAGCUGUAACCCUUCCUGUGCCUUACCUUCAUUUAAUAUGGGUAGCACUUCCCCCAAAGGAGUAGAGGAAGAUCCAGAUGUCAUCUUCCAGAAGUUUCUGCAGCAGGCUACAAGUAACCAGAUAGACUCUUUGAUGGGCCUGAGCAGUUCGCCCUCUGUGGAGGACAGCAUCAUCAUCCCCUGUGAAUUCUGUGGGGUACAGCUGGAAGAGGAGGUGCUGUUCCAUCACCAGGACCAGUGUGACCAACGCCCAGCCACAGCAAACAACCAUGUGACGGAGGGGUUUCCUAGACGGGAUUUCCAGCCUCGAGAGACCUCACCAGAGCUGCCCAAGAGGCGUGUCCGACACCAGGCGGUAGGAGUGAAGGUGGCAGAAGCUCAAGGGUCACCCCCACAACCGCCAGCUUUCGCAGCAGAACUGCAAAGGCAAAAGCCCCCAAGCAACAGGGAGCUGGGGAUGCGGAGGAGGAAGAGGAGUGACGUGUCUGCAGAGAACCGCACGGGGUCCCUCUCUGACAGCUGCACUCGCUGCAGCGCAGGCCUCGUGCUCGUGGCGGGGGAGAUUUUACAGAUUUAACUUUUUCUAGGUUAUGACCAUUUUGUGUCCUUUGAAAUUGCGAUGUGGGAGUUUGGGGGUUUGAGGGAGGGUUAGCAGGGAGGUGGUUGAAAUGUUUCAGCUUUAGCCUCUGCCCUUUUGGCAGCACAAAAAUAUAAGUUAUGGCCUCUCAGCCCACCAGGGCUCUAUCUUUGACAUAUUGUCACCACUGCCUCUUGGUGCUCUGUGGUCCUGGUGGAGGGGAGAGGGUUCUGGAACCCUGGUAGUCACCAGUGAAGUGAUUCUCUUCCCUGUAGGUAGGUGCCUACCUUUGGGAACUUGUGGGUAAGCUCUCCUGGGUCCUGCCCUUCCCCACUCUAGGAUUUGGGCCUCUGGUGUGGGGGAGCUCUGGGGAGGUGUGCGGGCCCGUUGCAGUAGGUCAGGAACAGGCUUCUGGAGAUGAGUUGAACUGGACGGGAGAGGACUCGGGCUUUGUUUUAACCUGCUGCUUUGGCGCUCGGCAUCACUGCCUCCUGUUUCUGUGGGAAGCCGCUCCUGUGUCAUCACUGCCCCGAUGGAGGCGCGCGCAGCUCCCUGUCCCUGCCGGGGCCAGGCUGGACUCCGCCCCGACUGGGACUGAGGCCUAGUCUCCAUGACUUACUCUGAAAACCAAGUAUCAGAGCGCCCAUCUCCCUCUUUUUAUUUUAUUAUAACUACUA